AUGAAUAUUGAGGAAAUAUUAGGCAAAUCGCCCUCUAAGGCCUGCGCUCUUCUUGAAGAAUAUUAUAAAGAGAAAGGAGAUAUUAGUAAACAAGAUACAUCAUCAUUCAACAGAGAGCAAGCCCAAAAGCUUUGUGAUCUCUUACUCAAAGAAAGCGAGAAAGAGAAUGUUAGAGUGGACAAUAUUAGAGUCAUCCUUCGCUUGAUGGCCAACAUAUCUGAUCACGAUGAGGCUGUUCUUCAACUUCUUUCAGUUGACUCUUUGUCCUCUUCAUUGAUGAUUUUAUUCCAGGCCAUUGAAAAGUUCCUUACGAAUCAGCUUCCAGAGGAUGAAAUGAGCGCUGUUGAAGCACGUAUUAAGGACGGCUGGGAAAAGCUUUUUACCAACUUUUUAAUCACCAUACAUUCUCUAUGUGAGAGAGUUGAAGGUAAACAAAUAUUUGGAGAAAAGUUUAUUCCUGCUUGUGUUCGUGUGGUCAAAGAGAAAGGCUAUGAUGUUUUCGUGAGAAGGCACGCCGCAGAAUGCAUCAACCAAAUGAUAAAACAUUCAAAAGAGAACAAGAACGUACUUCUUCAAGAGUCUCAUCUCAUGAAUCAAUUGGCAGAAAGUUUAAUUAGUUCCGGAGAUUUUACCUUGCAAGCCAAUAUCACAGAGGUGCUGUUUCGUCUAUUGAGUUGGAGUAAUAUGAGCGAUUCAACUCUCAAGAGCGUGUUCAGCUGCUUUGAGGAUCUGUCAGAUAAAAUCGUAGUGAUAUUUAAAAAGAUCAAAGGAGAUGACACAUUUGUCGAUUGUAUUCGAUCGUUUGUGAUGGAAAUGAACGAGCAAAUCAGUGAAGAAAAGAGAACUGUCUAUUCCAUUAAGACAUCAGAAAUGAACAUGGGAUCUUUUACUUGCUUCCCUGAGUGGGUAGAUUUUGGAACUAAAUCAAUGAGCUGCUUCAUUCCACAACCAGACGAUGAAACAAAGGAUGUUGUUGAUUUUGAAUAUACAAACAUUCGAACAUUAAGGCUCUCCUAUAAACAGCAAAAGCUGAUUUUACAGCUGUUCAAUGAAAUUGCAGGAUUUGAAGGAUGUUACGACGCAACCAAGGAUGAUCAAGUCAUUGGCAUUAGUAUGACCAAGGAAUCACUUCAGCUCAUCAAAAAGAAUAUUUCAGGCUUGAUAUCAGUUUGCAGAGAGAAAAACAAACAGAAAGAAGACUUGCUGAAUCAGCCACCUAUUCCUGAAGGAAUUGUCGGUGACACUCCAAACUCAAGAAAGGUCUCCAUUACAGCCAUUCCAUUAAGAACCAGUGGUUCUGCCUCUACACCUCCCACGGAUGAAAUGAAGCAAACUGUGAAGGAGGUGUCCAUCCAGGCUCAGCAGCCUCAGGAAAAGAAUGAAAGUGUGCAAAAGAAAGAAGCCUCCGAAAAAACAAGCGAUGUGAAGGACAAGAAAGAGAAAAAGGAUGAAAAAGAGCCAUCCUUAAGGUCGAGAGCCAAAUCAUUAAGCUCGGAAAAGAAGGAAAAACCACAAUCAUCCAAGAAAAGGGCUGCCACAACAUCAAAAAAGAAAACAAAAUCUGUUGAGAUUGCUCCUCAAGUUACUGAAAUACCAGAGAUUACCACAAAGAUUGGCGAUUUGCUUGAACAAGUAGUCACCUCACCAAUACCAGAAAUUGAAAAGCAAAGAGAUGACACAUCCUCUGUGGCUAAUAACGAUAGGGUGUCUGACUGGGAAAAUAUUUUCGACAGGCCUCUUCUUGGCUUCUCAGAUGCAUUCUCCACCGCAACCACUAGUACUACUGUCUCUAACUCUGUACUUGAUGAUCUUGACACAAUGUCCCACGACACCGAAAGAUCACCUCUUGUACCACGAAGGCUUUUUGAAGAACCUAGUGAGAUAGACACCACUUUUGGAGGAUUUAAUCUGGAUGAUACAAAUAUGGAAUUGGAAAAAACUCCAGUCAAAGCCAAGAAAAAAGGAACAAAGAGAAAGAAAGAAGAUGCUUUGGAUGACGACGAUGACUUUUCGAGCGAGGUUGCAGCAAUGAUGUCCACAAUCAUUAAGAAGCAGCAAGAAAAGAAAAAUAGAAAGAUUGAGGCCAUAAAACAAGCUUGUGCUGAGAAGAUUAAGAAGAUGAUAAAUGACACAAAGAAAAAUAGGUUGAAAGAAAGAGAGGCCUUAGCAACCUGUUACAAACAAAGCGUCCUGGAAAUUGAAGAGUCACAAAUGAGACUUGCAAAGAAAAUGAGAGCUACAUACACAAAAUUCCAACAAGACAUGGCCAGUUAUGCUCAAAAGCAUCAAGAGCUAGACGCAAGAAGAAAAACUGAACACGAGCUGCACAAAGAAAGGUUGUCUUUAUUGAAAACCAAGGACUUAACCGAGUGCUCUCUUUUAGAGAAAAAGGUUAAGGAAGAAAUUGCUAAAACCAACAAGGAAAUGGAUAGUGUGAUGAGACCGUCCGAGACCUCAGACAAAGAGAAACAGCUGAGAGCUCUCAUUGUUCAGCUCUUCAAGUGA